AUGUCCACAAGAAUACGUGCUCGAAAUAUUGGUAUUCCUUUUAAAGGAACUCCGGGUGCUUUCAAUUCAAUAACUGAUGUUCAUGGUGUUGAAGUAGGACAUCGAACAAUAAUUGAAGAUUCAAAAUCAUCAUCAACGAAACAAAAUUGUAUUCGAACAGGUCUUACAGUUGUACUUCCGAGAGGAAAAAAUAUUGUCGGUAAUCUAGAACAUCAGAAUUUAUUUGGAGCUUGGUAUUCAUUAAAUGGAAAUGGAGAAAUGACUGGAACAACUUGGCUAGAAGAAUCAGGUUUUCUUGGACCACUCAUUGCAAUAACGAAUACACAUAGUGUUGGAAUAGUUCGAGAUACAGCUAUUCAAUGGUUUCAACAACAAGCGAAAGGAUCAGGUCUUUUCGAUUGUAAUUAUAGUUCAUUAAGUUUACCAGUUGUUGCUGAAACAUGGGAUGGAGUUCUUAAUGAUAUAAAUGGAUUUCAUGUUCAACGAGAACAUGUUUUUGAUGCAAUCAAUUCAGCCACGUCAGGUGAUGUUGAUGAAGGAAAUGUUGGUGGAGGAACAGGUAUGGUUACACAUAAAUUUAAAGGUGGUAUAGGUACAUCAUCUCGUAUAUGUGGUGAUUAUACAGUCGGUGUUCUCGUUCAAUCUAACUAUGGAUUUAGACAUCAGUUAACUAUUGCUGGUAUUCCUAUAGGUGAAGAAAUGUUAGAUGAACUUUUACCUGUUCAUGCAAAAAAUAUUGAAAAACUUGACGAAACAGGAUCAAUAAUUGUAGUUGUUGCUACCGAUGCACCUCUUUUACCACAUCAAUUAAAAAGACUUGCUCGUCGUGUACCAAUUGGAAUGGGAUUAGUUGGAGCACGAGGUGGAAAUGGUUCAGGUGAUAUUUUUGUUGCAUUCUCAACAGCUAAUCAUCAAGCAAUGGGAAAACAAACAGGAGUAGUACAAUUAGAAAUGUUACCUAAUGAACAAAUGACUCCUUUAUUUGAAAGUGUUGCUCAAGCUACUGAAGAAGCUAUUUUAAAUGCAAUGAUAUCUGCAAAAACUAUGGAAGGAAUAUAUGGAAAUAAAGUUUAUGCUAUACCACAUGAACGAAUUCGUGAAAUUUUGAAAAAACACAAUAGAUUAACGGAUAAUUAA